AGCGUGGGUGCAUGGGAAGCUGCUGGGCAUGCUGGGCGACGUGAAUGGAGCAGGGAUGUUCAUGUACCUGACAAGGGUAGAGAGGAAGGAUGCAAGUGACGGCCGACUUCCUCGUCAAUCUUUAAUAAAAGGCAUGCGCUCCUCUCCUCCACGACCGCUCUUGAAUCCAACUGCAAGUGUAUCCUGUCUCUCCAACUUUCCCAAGCAGCCAAUCCUUUAAGACAACAUCACGGCAACCUACAGUCCUUACACCCUAAGACUCUCGCUUCCCUCGAAGACAACACUCCAAACACCUUCCAAAAUGCAGUCCAAGCUCCUCCUCGCUGCCGCCGCCGCCACCGGCGCAAUGGCAUUCGAGAUGUCCGGCACCCUCCCCCGUGUCCUCCGCCGCGCCGGCAACGACGCCCUUGAGGCCCGCGACGAGACCGCCUGCGCUUCCGUCUGGAUGGCACACUCCACCAUCGUCGACGACUUCCCCACCGAGCCCACCGCCCUCGCCACGGAGACCAACCUCGACAUCCCCCAGAUCACUGACCCCUGCGUUUUCCCCUCCAUCACGGGCCAGGCCGGCCAGAUCAUCACCUCCUACUCCUCCGCCCUCCAGUCCUGGCAGGACGCCCACAUCACCGAGAUCCGUGACAUCUACUCCGCCUGCAGCGACGUCCCGGAGGUCGCGUCCGCCCUGGACGCCUACGGCAGCGCGAUCUGCUCUACCGCCCUCGCCGUCCUCACCAGCGGUGAUGCUACUGCCACUGCUACUGCCACCGGCUCCGGCUCCGCUGCGACCGCCACGGGCACGGCUUCCGGCUCGGCUUCCGGCUCGGCUUCCGCCUCUGCUACCGCCUCUCGCUCCGGCUCUUCUGCCUCUGCUUCUGGUGCUUCUGCUUCCGGUAGCGCUGCUUCUACCACUGCUGCCGCCGCCGCUGCUGCUCCCCGCGAGACUGGACUCUUUGUCGCUGCUGCCGCCGCUGCUGCCGGCAUCGUUGGCGCCAUUGUUCUGUAAAUGGGUUCUUCACUCAAGCAACGCCCAAAAGUCCUCUCGAGUGUCAUUGAGGGCCACCUGAGAUUAGAGAGAUGGUUUGGCGGGGAAGAACCAAGUGUUGGAAAAGCCCUGGGAAAUAAUUGCCUAUGCGGCGGCCUCCUGAAUCAUUCACCAUUCUCGGUUUCAACUGUAUAAUUAAUCACUGGGAGUACCUAUACCCAAUUAGUUAAUUCAACAAAAGUCCUUUCACAUGC